GUGAUUUUCCAUUGAAGAUAUCGGUCUGGUCGAUCGUACACGUACGGCUUCUAGAACAGUUUAGUUCGCGUCCCCUUUUUGUCAACUAACUAUUGUGGUUUUUGUAUAUAAAUUGCAUCAAGCUUGUCAAAAAAUAGGAAUUUUACAACAUCAGUACAACUUGUUUCUGAUCAAUCAGAUUUUAGUGUACCUUGUUGACCGAUGUUGACGUUGCAAGCGUUUACCGGCAACUGACAACGUUUCUCCCGCCAAUCCUCCGGCCAGUGCACGCUCCGUGAACACUCCAUCGGACUCGCGUUGCCGGCACUUUUCCUGUUCGUCUGGCUUCGUACGUUAGCUGAUUGAGAAGCAAAAUAGCAACAUGGUUCGGCUGACGAUUCUAUUGUUAAGGUCGGCCAAAAGUCUGCCGUCAAGAAUGGACCAUUUUUCGAAGUUUUCCCCAUCACCAUUGUCGAUGAAGCAGUUCUUAGAUUUCGGUUUACAGGGAGCUGAUGAACAGAAGUCAUUUGUCUUUCUUCGCCAAGAGCUUCCUGUCCGCAUCUGCAACAUCAUGAAGGAGAUCAACCUUCUGCCCGAAAAACUUCUACAGAUGCCUUCCUGUAAAACAGUCCAGGGAUGGUACACACAAACGCUACAGGAUCUUCUGGACUAUGUUGAUACUGACGAUGAGCCUACCAUAAUGAAAAUGUUUACAGAUAAGCUGAUAACGAUCAGGAACAGACAUGCAAACGUCGUGGAGACAAUGGCACAGGGGGUGAUGGAGAUGAGGCAGAGCUAUGAGGUAGAGAACUUCGAAGAGAGCAACAUCCAGUAUUUCUUGGAUCGAUUCUACCUGUCUCGAAUCAGCAUAAGAAUGCUCAUCAACCAACACACAUUGAUAUUUGGUUGUGCACCGAAGAGCCACCCAACGCACAUAGGCAGCAUCAACCCUGACUGCGAUGUUGUGUCUGUGAUCAAAGAUGCCUACGACGGAGCCAAAUACCUAUGUGACCAGUACUACCUUGGCUCACCAGAUGUUGAAAUUGAAUGGAUCAAUGCUCGGGAUAAAACUGACGGCAUCAACAUGGUGUAUGUACCAUCCCAUCUGUACCACAUGUUGUUUGAACUGUUCAAGAAUGCCAUGCGUGCAGUAAUGGAGCAUCAUGGUAACAGCGUCAUCGACUACCCAAAAAUAAAAGUGUUGGUGACAAAGGGGAAGGAGGAUGUCACAAUAAAGCUGAGUGAUCAAGGCGGCGGCAUUCCCAAGACCCAGAUUGAGAAGCUCUUCAACUACAUGUACUCCACUGCGCCCCAUCCCCCGAAGCCGGGCACCACAACCAUCCCCCCACUGGCCGGUUACGGUUACGGUCUUCCCAUCUCCAGACUCUACGCCAAAUACUUCCAUGGGGACUUGACCGUGACGUCUAUGGACGGUUAUGGCACUGACGCCGUUGUCUACCUCAAGGUUCUGUCAAGUGAGGCCAACGAACUGUUACCGAUCUACAACCGCGCGACGACACGCAUCUACCAGGCCAACACACCAGUCAGUGACUGGAGCUCCCCUGCAGGUUGUAUACGACCAUUCAGCACACGCCACUAGAGCCUCAGCCCCCUCCCCAGUCCUCAUCCCCCUCCCCCCUCCACCCAAAAAACCAAACACCUAAACAAACCAAGUACGACACCAGGAUUUGAUUCAGGGACUUCUAUUUCAGUUGUAGUAUUCAUGUCAUACUGAGAAGUGUUUGUGCAAGUGGAGGGUGUCUUGUCUUGUUUUCGUCGCUGUCUCUCCUUAUUUGGUCCUUCACGAUGAAAUCUAAAAUUCAAGGAAGCACAGCGCGCUUUUCUGAUUGUACGUUUGCCAUUUGCCUCUGGUUUUCAAAAUUCAUUCACACUAUGGUCUCUAUCUGUUGCUUGAGGUUUGAUCCGACCAGGCCCCAGUUUCGUUGCGCUCGUUAAGCUUGAGAGGUUCUCCAUAAGCACCUUAGAGCUAUAUUAAAUUACUAGAGACUAUAACUCGCCGUACAUAGUGCAAGCUUGAUGGGCACAUCCAUGCUUGUGCACAAACCUAUGGAAAGCUUAGAACUUCAGGUAGCCUUUGUACGGCUGUUUGUGUUGAAAACCAAUGUGUAAAUGGAGCUGAUUCCCACUUAAACCGAAACGUACACUCAGUAAUUGCUUGUAAGCGUUCAUUUCGCUCUUCACAAACAAUGUACACGUGUGUGAACUGUACCUCAUGUGAUUUCCUUUUUUUGGGAGUCUCAAAGCUCAGGAAUUAGUGAAAUAUUCCAUAACACCAUUGGGCUAUGUCUGAUGUUACAAUUGUGACGACCUUUACUAGACUGUUUGUGCACUCCCUAGACUUGCCAAAGAAAUUGUCUCAAAUGAGACAAGAGCCUAGCCAGUUACCUCUGUCUUAAUACAAGUGGGAUUGUUAUUUAAAGGUAAUAUACAACAUUUGCCUUGGCUGUAAUUUUCAGAAACGGAUGGAUUUGGGGGUUAAUUAGUACUUUAUAGCACAUCUUGUUACACUGCAGGCUGACCUGUUUAAAGUUUUGUGUUCAUAGAUGCUGGAACAUCCAAGAGAAAAACAAUGCUUCAGAUGAAGCAGAGCAAUUUAUAGAAAUUGGGGAAUUGUCAGGUCUGGGAACCAGACUCGCUGGCUGGCACCCGUUCACAAAAUGUGGACUAACUACUUAAUUUGGUAAAUUGGGGGCAGUACUUGAAAAAAAAACACGUUUUUUUUUCCAACGACUGUCAGCUGACCAUCGUUCGAACUUGACACGAAAAUUCCACUUUCCUUGAAAAAUGGCAGAACACUAGGUGCCGUGAUUUUACAGGUUGCUUGAGAUUAUUACAGUCGAAUGAGGUAUUUCAUAAUUUGUCGUUGCAAAUGUUGUAUAUUACCUUUAACAUGACAAUAUCUGUACAGAUUAAAGAUACAGUCCAUCAUUUGUAAUUUGUGGAUUUUGUUCGUUUGAAGCAACAAAAGUGUUCAAAAUCUAAUGAAGGAUACUGAACAACUAACCUGAUGA